UGAAGACUAACGCAGCUGCGCAAGCCACAGAGACGAAGCUAAGCAAAAGCGUACAAAGGAGUUUAUCCUUUUCCCCCUUUGUAUUUUAGCAAACCCCUACAUUGCCCUUAAAACCACUGCCUCUUUCUCUCUCUCCGCGGGAAAAAAAGGAUUCUCCAGAUCAGCGAUUUCUUUCAAGAAUUGAAGAUUUAAUUACCUUGUUCUUGAGAGGUGGCUUUGGAGAAAAAUUAGGACUCUUGUUUCGAUUAAGAAGAAUGAAUAUGUGCUGAUGCUGGAGAAAGUUUGAAGUGGAGGUUUUAUAGAGUCUGCAUGGUCUUGAGAUGCUGAGGAAUUUAAUGGAGGAAAAGAAACUGGAUUUCAAUGCACCACUUCUCUCCGUGAGGCGAUUUGCACCUCCUGCAGCUACCCUUGCAGAAGAGAAUAAGAGGACUGAGAAGUCCCAAUCCAAGAAAGCUUCUCUCCCUCCUUACAAACCAGAACUGAAAUCAGGGCCAGUGAGAAAUGCCGGUGCAGUUCCGUUUCUGUGGGAGCAGAUCCCUGGGAGACCCAAGGACGGAGGCGGGUUGCGCUCAAAAACUUCUGAAAGGCCUCCAUUGGCACCGAAGCUCCCACCUGGGAGGAUUUUGGAUGUUAAUCGGUCUUCUUCUAUAAGAUGUGCAGAAGACAAGGAAUCUGAGGCUUCAGCUGUAACUAGGUUGCCCCAAGCUGGGAAUUUGAUUUCUUGUCCCAAUACAUUGUCUUCAGGUGGCAAUGUAAAGUUGGAAACCUCCAGAGGUACUGUGAAAGAAGAGAAUGAUCCUGAGUUGGAUGAUUGUGAUGAUGAUGCCUUCUCAGAUGCACUUGAUACACUAUCUCGUACUGAUUCGUACUUCAUGAACUGUAGCCUAACUGGCAUGAGUGCUUUGGACGGUCUGGACUCAAAACAUUCCAGAAACUUCACGACGGAUCCGCAGGCUCGUGAAUUUAUGAUGGACCGUUUCUUGCCUGCUGCAAAGGCAAUGGCUUCUGAGACACCUCAGUAUGCUUCGAGAAAGCAACCUGUGGUACGUGAGCCAGUGAGGCCAGUGAAUGGGCUGGAUAGGAAUAGAAAGCCUAUGACCUAUCAAUAUGGGACAUAUGUUGUACCACACCAUACCCAGGAUGAGGAGAAGGAAGAUAGUGAAGAUGAAGAUGAAGAUGAGGAUUAUGAUGAUACUGGGAACAUAACAGCAAAAGCAUGUGGGUUACUACCUCGCUUUUGCUUAAAGAACUCCUUUUGCCUUUUAAAUCCGGUCCCAGGGAUCAAGAUUCGGAGCGGCAUGCCCUUAUCGCCUGUUGGUCGUAAACUUGACACACAUUUCAAGCCAGCAGGCCCUGGAUAUCUUAGUGAGCCCGGUCAUGAGAACACUUGGGAAGCAGUCUAUAAGCACAAACUGGCACGUGGAUUUGAACAUCCUGAAGCCCGUGAAAAUGGGAGUAAACCAACGAGUGAAUCCAACCAGCUAACAUGCUGGAGUGAUUCGCAAACACCUGAAGGAUCAUCCCCCUACAGGCGCUCUACUGGUGAUGUAAUAUCGCCUUACCGGAAUGAAACACCUCAGUCACCUUUUCAUGAAGGAAUGGGUUUUCUAGGCAUUCCUAAACAAGGCAGGGAUUUUAAGGAUGAUGGCCUCAACAUGUAUAGCAAAGGUCGUAAUGAUAACCAGGAAACAUUAUCCCGUCAAAGCAGUAAACAGGGGUCAGGCUCUGGGAGUCCUGCAAUUGAGAAGACUCUGUAUGUAGAUUCUAUUCAGAUGCUCGAGACUCCAAAUUCAAGGUCGAGCUCUUCAGAUACCAAGGACCUGGCAAAUUCUGCAGAAAAGGAUUUUGAGAUUCUGGUAGAAAGUGAGAGGUCGGAAAACAGUCCUGUUCUAGAAGCUCGUCUAGGAGAUGUCAACAUGCGAAACAGUUCAAAGGGGAGCAAGCUAAACAGUUCGAAUGGGAGAAAUAAAUUGCGACCUAUGAUAUCUGAAAUUUUUGAAGCAAAUCCUUCAUCUUGCACUGAUGGAUCAAUUCUUGGUGGGCACACAGACAACAAAGAGGGUUUCAGACGUGAUGAUGCUUUAGAUGAGGAAGUCAGAUCGUUGGAGUUUUCGAAAGUUCUUAUCAGUGGGAAUCUGAGUCUCGAUGAUCCCCAGUCUUUAAAAGAAGAAGAUCAAGGAAAUUCACAUGCCAAUCCUUUUCAGUCUCCACUUCCACCCCCUUUACCAAAAUCACCCUCUGAAUCUUGGCUUUGGCGUACCUUGCCUUCUGUCUCAUCCACGAAUCCAUCUUGCAGGCCUUAUCUUGGUAUUCAGUUCCGUUCUAUGAAACAGGUUACGAAGGCAUCCUCUGUUGAUCCUAAAUGGGAGACCAUAGUAAAAACUUCUAAUGUUCAGCAUGGCCAUUUGCGGUUUUCAGAGGAACUGAAAACACCUGCCAAGCAAUCUAAAACUUAAAAUACGGGAAGGUACCUUUUACAGUUUUACUCCUCUGGCUCAUUCGCAUGCCAUGGUGUUGCAAGCUGUCCUGUCAAUGUGUGUAGAGGAUUCUAAUUCCUUCAGAUACUUUAAAGUGCACAGGUAAGUCGGUUACUGUUUCUUCUCCUCUCAUACUUGAGACGUGACCAAUAGUCACACCUGGCCAAGUGGAUCUGUGUAAAAAUGAUCCAAGUGCUUGCUGGCAACUUUUAUUUGGUAUAUUCAAUCAUUGUAAAAUGCACAACAGCUUUUUCUGAAAUAAAUGAGUAUUCUGUUGCA